AUGGCUGAAAACGUUCAUUAUCAGUGCAGUGUGGAGAAAGACUCAGGCGCCACUGUUGCCGACGAUGAGUUGAGAAAAGUGCUUAAAGAACUUGAAGAGCUUCCUUUUCAAGACGAGAACCAAAAGUCCACCUUCUUUAAAGACGUUCAACGCUUACGGGGCAGACACGUCAUUCAGUGUUUCAAGUUAGGUGUACGCCCGCUAAAAUUAUGUACCUCAAAAAAUUCUAAUUUUACUGAAGAGGUGAUGAAAAUUUUCGCAAUUUGCGUCUGCUUUUGCUAUACCCCUGAAGUGGCGAAAAGAACUGAAUUUGAUUACUUCACCAUGGCCUUAGAAUUUUGCUUCUCUGAGCACACAUCUCAAUGCCUUUCGACUGAGGUACUUCAUAAACUGCUCCAACUUGGGCAGAUUUUGAAUGAAGGAAAGUUCGCCAGCAAAUUUUUGGUUGGUAAAUUACUUGAGGUACUUAAGACAAGAAGAGAUAAAAGUCACUUUGUGGAAAUUGUCGAUGAAACAAUACGAUUUGCUUCUAAAGACGCCUCUGUACCUUGUAUUAAGGAACUUACGGUCGAUUUACUGGGAGAUAUCGCGGUACCAGCAUGUUUGUUGUCCUGGAUUAUACUUUUGAAGUUUGAGCACGUCAGCAAUGGCUUUGCAUGUGCCUUAGCCAAGAAGGAUGACCCACGAUAUAUACCUUUUCCUUAUCCCAUUCUUUUACAUCACAAUUCUCUAGUUGGUUUCUUUGGGAUUAUAUUGGAAGAAAUGAAACGAAGUGGUAGUGAAGUUUCUCUCCCCUCUGAGGAAGAAAGGCUGAAUAUCUUUUUCAGUCAUCGGCAUGCUCAUCGUUUUAUCUCUCACUCGCCGUUAGCGAAGACUUCUCUUAAACUUCUUGCAAACAGAAGCAUUGGCAACGAAGUCCUGAAAAAAAUUCUUGACCAGUUCUUUUUUGUAGGCAAACGAUCCUUGAAUCGUAAGCAGCCCUGGUCUAACCUCUAUGAACCGGUUGCUUUUGAACUUGUCUUUAGAGCUUUGUCAUUGUUUCCCGACGGAAUACUUGUCAACAAAUUGUUAAAUGUCUGGAGAGGGAUCGUUCCUGAAGAUCGUGAUUACGAGGCUCUUUUACAUUUAAUUAUCAGUUUAUUCCUACGAGGAUCAGGAAGUGAAAGCUAUUCUUUGGCAGAAAAUGCUGAAACAACCUUGGAGUGUUUAUGUUGUCUUCCUCAAUCCUUACUACCUUUAGUAAAGCUUUGGUGUCCUUUCCUUGCAUCUUGUGUAAAGAUAUUUCCGACGACAUUCCAAAGUCAUCAAGAACUACUGGUCUUUUUCAUUGAAAGCGCUGCCAGAAGAGGGAAAGUACCACGCGAUAAACUUCCUGUGUAUUGUAACUUGGAACAACGCCCAAUUAUCAACUUCUUACAACAGAUUGCUCAACAAAGCUGCACUGAAAACAUGAAAGAAGAGUUGAUAUUACUCCUAACGUCCUGCAUAAAUAAAGCUUCCCCAUGGUACAACUGCUGGGAAUUUUCAAUUGAUAUGAUCAAAAAUGUAAGCCUCUGUCAACAAAUGCGCCUUAGUGUCAAAAAGACCAUAAUCCAUACUUUUAGCCGUUUGGCCAACCUCUUCAGGGAGCAAGGAAGAAACCUCUUCCGAAAGAUUGUUGAAGGUGUAGUAUCAGACCAAAAUCUAAAGCUUCAAGAUGAAAUUUUUUCUGAAAUAUUUCAUUUCAUCAAACGUUGUUCUGAAAUGAAUACGAUUCCAUCACGGAUUCAGGAGCUACUUUUAUUGGUAUCAAGAUGUUCGAUUUCAGGUGACCGUAGAGUUAAAGUACUGCAGAGGUCAAAGGAAACCGGGAAAGGUCUACUAUGUAGUGUGAAGAUCUUAGAGCUGGUAAAACAUCGUCUCCACGUCCUCGAGGAAGCAAAUGAAUAUUUUGAUCAACUUUUUUUUGCCUUUUUUGACAUUUUUAAAGAAGACGAACACAUGUGUCAGCAGCUCUACAAUCAACUACUUUCAGUGGUUUCUUCACCACAACUGCAAGAUUUAUGGAGCUCUCUAGUUCCCAGGUUGAUUUCUUUGGAUUUAUUCGAUGAAGAAAUUGAUUCGCGAUGGUGUUGGCCUGUUCUUCGACAAGCUAUAGAAGUAAGUUCUCCAAUUGAUAUGUUGGCACUCUACACUCAAUUAAGAGAAGGUUCUGAGAGAGUUGUUGAGCAAUUAAGAGUUAGUCGGGAGAAAUUGCCAUUGUCUUCCACGAGAUCACCAAACGACUCCAAAGUUCGAGAAUGUGUAGAACAAGAAACUUUCGUUUCGUCCCUAGGAAUUGUCGUGGGAUCAAACGUAUUAUCUUGCCAAGAAAAGCUAUCCCUAGUCAGGACCGUUUGUGACAUUUUUGUCCAAAACAAAAAUAGCUUAACAGAAACGACAAUGGUAAAUGCCUUACACAAUUUGAUACCAUUUUCUCGAUUGCAAAACAACGAUAUGUCAAGCAAAAAAGAAAUCAUGCGUUUAGAACUGAAUCAGAUAGAAGGCAUACUGAGAGAUCCACACCUGAUGACUCAGCUAUCAAGACUUUCCACUGGUUUAAAUAAGUCCAGUAAGUCUUUAUGCUAUGUUUUCUCCAGCAAGACUUCCGACUACUUUUCAACCGGCACACUGAUGGACAUCUACCGUUUUAUUGGUUCGCAAGAGCAUUUAAACGAACCAUAUUUUAACAACGUCAUCAUGGAAAUUCUUGAGAUAGCCGUCCAAGAGUCAGGUUCAGUUGGGAAUAUAAUAGAGCUACUGGAGGAAGUGGCAAGCAUUGUUCGCGAUGUCCCUUCAGAAUUAACUUUGUUUAUCAUGGGUAAUUUUUGCAAUCUUCUUAAAAACAAGGUAAACAAAGAGGAUAGGAAAAGUUUUUUUAACGAAGUUGCACUGAGAUGGCGCUGCUCAGUAAGUUCUGAGUAUCUCUCGUACUUGGAGGUUCCACGACUCCUUUGGAACGUCUAUUGUAACACCAAUACGCGAGGUAGGAGACACGAACUGGUAGAUCGGAUACAAGAUAUUCUGCAGAAAACAAAGAACGUCGAGAUUUCUUGCGCCGAAGACAACGAAGACGUAAUUAAAAGAAGAAUUGCAUGUUGCGAUCUAGAAUGGCUCGUUCUCAAUUCGUCCCUUUCAACUGAUGAAGCUGCUCUGGCAUACAAACUUUCGAGAUCUCUUACUUUAAAGCAGCCACUAAGAUGCUACACUUUUUCUGACGUAAGAAUAGAAGGAGGCUGCUUUACGUUUAUCCCGGUUCAAGAGAAGAGAUUACAAACACCAGAAAAAUCUAGAGAUGAAGAAAGAAACCAAGGAAAUGAUUACCCUGCCAUUGACCCACAAUUGUCCCUUUUAACACCAGCAUUGAUGGCGCAGAAAAUGAUUUAUCAAAUAAAACGUGUACUCAAACAAGGGGAAGACCUCUCUGAAGUUGCAUUUUCACUUUGGGACCAUGCUUUUGGACAUUGCCUAGCAUGCUGUGAGGCUGAAUGUGCAGCGAGCUUGACUUUUUAUGAUGACUACUUGAAUGUUCUUCUGUCCAUUUUUUCUGAGUCUUCAUCGACAGAAAUAAUGCUUCAUUGGGCUAAACUUGAUAGCCACUUCACCUGCCAGUGCCUAGAAGUUGUCUUGAAAGCCUGCAAGAGCAGUAGCGAUUUUGAAAAGGAAGCGAAGUUAAAUUUUCAAGCCCUCGUUAGCAACACACUGAUGCAACUCAAGACUUCCGCAGCAGAUGGAUUUCCCUCUGUGAGACCAUUUCCAUGCUUUCUACAUCUUAAACCAGGGUUGUAUUAUUUGGGCAGGAUUCUUGGGAGCGGAUUAUCGAUCAAAGUGACCACACAAAUUCUCAAAAUCUUUCAGACAAAUGUACUUGCAGCUGGAACAGUAGCUGACAUCGUGUCUUCAUGGUCUUCCCAAGAUCAGGUAAUGAAAGUGGUGAGACGUGUUCAUUCGUUUUGCAAGAAGGAAGAAGAUUUCCCCCUAAACCCUUUCCAGAGUCAGCUUGUCUGGCAAUUACUAAACGCAUUUGGUCGGUUCUGCAAAGACUCAAGUGAAAACCUUAUGGCCAAGUUUGAUGAACUACUUUUAUUACGCGAUCUAGAAGACAAGUAUGGCUUCAACCGUUUGCCCAAAUGGCGAGAGAUGAUGAUAGCAGGCGGCUUUUCUUCCCAAGUGAUUGACUGCUGGUGUGUAGCGUUCCUGACGACACCACUCAAGGAAUUGUCAUCACGAGACAUUGAUGCUAUUGUUGACCUGAAUUCAAAUUUGCUAGAGAUUGUUCCAGCACUUUCUGAAAAAAUUAAAAGCUGCGUUUUCCCUGAAGAUGGUUUUAAGGUUACUAUUACUCAAGGAGAAGGCAUCAAGGAGCCAUCGACCAAGGAACGCAUUCGAUUAGCGAAAUUGCUUUGUGAGCUGAUUAACAUGCUUAAACUGGGAAAACCCGAGGAAAAUAGAACAGAUGCUGUUAUCAAGGAAAAAGUCGUUGACGCGUGUUAUAAGCUUUGCGAGGCUUAUGAAAAUCCAGAAAAAAAGCGAAACGGCAAGGAUUUGUACAGAAUUCAUAGAAAGAUGCUUAAAGCGCUCCUUACUGUCGUCUUUGGCAGACAGUGUGAGUCCGAUCCAGAUGAUUCAGAGAACCUCCCACGUAUAUUGAGAAAAAAUGAGGUGUUUGAACCAUUACUAGUAUUGUUAAGGCGUUGGUUAUCCCGUUCUGCCAUUAAACCAACCCUUGUAUCUCAUACACAAGCGGUUGUUCAGCUGCUGUUCUUAAGUAACCCCGCUGCCGUGGGUCCAGAAUUGCACAGCUUAAUCCAAGCUCACAUUUUAUCUGUGGAAGAGAAUCAAAACAUCGUCGCUCAACUUGAAGCAUUGGGGUACAACCAAUCAACCCUAGAAACCAGAAACCUAUGGUCUUCUUUAACUGUGGAGCGUUCUGGAUACAUUAGCAAGCGCGAAUCUCCAGAUAGUAGAAGGUUUGUGAAGAAAAUGACCCAAAAUCUCAGGUUUCUGUUGAACCAGUGGAAGCACAUCCUCUUCAUGCUGGGCAAGGGUUCAAUAAAAGUUGGCGAAACCGAUGUACCUACGGAGAACCUCUUUGGUCUUGAAUCCUCUUUAGAGGACAUGAAGAAACAGUCUUCUGCAGUAAAGGAAACUGUCAAUCAACUAGAGUUGGGGAGCCUUGAAAGGAGAGUCAAGCAGUUGAUGCGCGAGGAGCAAAGAUUGAUUGAAAGACUGGACAAGAUCUGUGAGGUAAGAUUACUUCCUUUCUCUAGGUCAGUAAUACUUCAGCUAAUUGAAUGGUUUGAAUUACCUUAUACAACAUAUAUACCCGUAUUCAUUCGAAUGAUGAACUUCUCUGAAGAACUCUGGAAGAGAGGUCUCUCGAAAGACGUGGACAAAUUAAGUAUAACCCGAUAACCAAAAACUUUUCAUGCGGGGUUAUAUUCUGGUUUCGGUCAAGAAGAUUUAGCAUGACUCCAUUUGCCUGAAGGUGAACCUUCAUUUUGAGUCAUAAUCUCUGUUAACAAAAUGUUUUUCUGCCUGAUCUGUACAUUAGUUUAGACAUACAUACCACACUUUUUAGUGUGACGUUACCGUCUUCCUAUCCUUCGAGUAAGUCCUCAGUUAUCUGCUAUACUAAUUGAUAGGAUCCUCUGUAUCAUAAUAUAGAGCUCAGAAGCACCCCAAAAAGAUAACGAAGAUGAACUGAUGAAGUUUGUAGCUGUCUGGGAUAAUCGAUUUUUGGAAAACAUAAAAUUGUGCUCUGAGAAAAUUCCAGGUGAGUAAAGAUGUUUUAUGGCCAGGGAGAGACGUCGUGGAGGGUGGGGUUUGGGAAAGGCAGAAACAAGUGCGCAGUGGCUAAGGUUGUAAUCUCGUGUCCAAAGACCGCGAGCCUUCCUGUCGGUGACUCCCUACACGCUGACCAAAGAGCUUGAGGCCCCCGGUUACCAGACAUCUCGGUUCAUGCAUGCAUGGCACAACAAUGAUGGUGACCUCACUUAUAAUUACAAUAGACAAAUUCAGAAGGAAAUUCUGAGAGCCCUCUGGCCUGAAAAAUACCGUCUUCCAUGCAAUUAAUGCUAUCUUUUCCUGUCUCUUGUCUCUUCCAGAGAGCAAAUGUGGUAUUUAUUCAACCACUCCAAACAAACGUUCUAAACAAGGAGUUACCAUGCAAAAGGACAGUACCGCUGAUUUCCUUUACACGCUAAAAAUCUAGAAACACAAUUUUAUGGUGUCCAUUAUUGACAAUGGGGUGAAAGGGCUAAAAUGCUACCAUUAAUCGUGACCAAGGAUAAAAUAACGGUUUCUUAGUUUUUUUCACCCACAGAAUUUCAAUGACAGAGCAACAUAUAGUUCCCCGCGAAGUAUAUGUUCCCGACUGUCGCAUCAAAUUGUUCUAAAUCCAACGUAAUGAGCUGCGAUUCUCUCAAUGAAUGCUUAAUUAAGUUUCCAACUCGGUCGCAAGAUCAACUGCAAUCGCGAUCCCUGUUCAGUAUUUUAGGACAUUAGAGUAAAGCUGCACUGAGGUUAUGCAAAUUUUUCCUUUUUUAGGUUGCUACGCGCCCAACGGUUUCCAAUCUGACAAGCCUGUGGUGUGCGCCUUGUCCGUGGACAACAGGAUUCUGACCGUUUUCAAAGAAGAAAAAAACGGACAGAGAGAAGAAAUAGAAAAUGUGGAGGUUAAGCUUAUGGCGGCUGGUAUGUACGUGUUUGGACUGCACUCGAGUGGACACGAUUACGUCACUGAUGAGCUGUGGGCCGUGUUUUUUAAGAUGCUACUGGAAGAAAGACUGGUACCGAAUAUAGUCUUGUCCAAUGAAAGUCCAGGAUUUGACUGGAUAACGAAGUUUGUGAAAGCAGGCAAGUGGUAUAAAUGGAUUCUCAAACGUUUUAGCACGGGUCUUUAAAUAUCAGUUCAAGUACUGAAUUCUUAAGUUUUGUACGUCACAUUUCGGUGAAAUCGUCACAGUUAAAAGCCUUCUAAUAAUGCGUAAGAGAAGACGCAUUUAUGAUUACCUGUUAGGUUUAAAUCUGGUCUGGAAGAUUUUUUUAAAAAUACUGAUUCAUUGAGAGUAGCACUCUAUAUGCCAGUAGCAGUGCCCUUUUACUCCAAUUAGUAAAAUAAUGCAGCCAAAUUAUGCUUCUAAUUUUACUUUAAAUUUAGUAAAAACAUCUCAAUAACAAAAUUAAACUAUUCAACGAACAAGUACUUUAAUGGCAAAAUCAUUUACCCUCUUUCUUUACGACUGCAUAUAUGACAUAUGUAAUUCAUAAAUUCCCUGGCUAUCGCUAUGUGAAAACUAAUGAAACAGCAAAUCUGUCUGGCAAUAAAGACUCAUAAAACAAUUGACGACCAGCGCGUGGUCGCCAUCUUAACAAACCCAACUAGUCAUGCUCAUUUUUGCACUGAGUUUUGUUGAAUCCUGAGUCACUUUUUAGCUUUUUGUGGGACCCUGAGAUCCCAUAAAUGUGACAAUAAGCAGCCAAAAAUUGGAUUCUUCCCUACAACAUUAAUCUCGAGCCGAAAUCAGGAUUUAAUGCUAUCAUAUCCUUCUGUUUCCAGAGAAAAGCCUUCCUUUUCAUUGGAAAUGGGAGCCUCAACCGGGGAUUGUACCCUUAGAGGAAGAUUAUUUCGACUACCAACCAAUAACAGCAGCCCUAUUUCCUUUUUUACAUGGAUUAACGGAAUUCGUUAACCUUACCAGGGAAAAUGUGGCGAGUUUUCAGUUUGAGGAUUUAAAGGUACUAAAUUUAAUUUAAACAUCAUAUCAGGAGCUAUGUCACGAAAUUUUUUAAAAUUCAAACAAGUAUAACAACCGCGACCAGACUGAGUGUCACGAUGAAAUGACUGCUUAGAACAUGGGAAGAAGGUAUGAACAACACAGCUAAUAUACAAGGAGAAACAUAUGGUUAAGUUGAAGAAGAUUGCAACGGAUUAGCAAUUGUGGUUUUUGAAAACUUCAUAACGGUUAGCCUAACAGUUUUUCAAAGUUCAUUUUUUGUUGUUUGUAAUGUAAUGACUUUCUUUUCCUGAAAAGGGAGGGCUUAUUUGAGAGUGGGGAUUAAUAGAAGAUAUACACUAGUGGAAAAUUCCGAAUUAUAUUUUAAUUUAAUUUGAACGGUACUAUGGUAAAAUAUACCUUUCAGUUUGGUAUCUACCUUUAGGAACAACCAAAUAGACCUUUCUUUGGACAUUCAGUUUGGGGACAUCAAGAAUUGUUUUGCAGGAAUGCACUUGUAAUCUUAUUACCUUGUAGGCAGUAAAAUGAGGUGCAAUUAAAUUACAGUUAGCCAUUCUCCAAGAGAAAAAAGUGCAAGUGACCAGCCGACUAUACCUGGAAUAUCCAAUACACCGCAGUCAAAUACCUGUUCAGUUGUGCAACAGGAAAGGAAGAAACUGCGGCAUUAUGCACAGUGCACCACUGCAAUAGUAUGGUACAGCAGGCUCCUGACAACGUGACCGUUUUUUUUUUGAAAACUAUGUGAAAAAAAAUAACUCGUUAAAAAAGAAACUCAGAAAAGUUGACCACUUAAAGGGGCUGUGUCACGGCAGUCCAGUUCAUUUUGUUUAAUUUUGCCAACUACUCGCCCUCGAUCGCUAUGGAACUUAAAGUAAGCAAAGAAAUUACGUGAAAAUGACAAAAUCAAAGAUCUGUGACAAACAAAUAUGUCUCCUGAGCAUUAUUUUUGAAGUUGCAAGCAGCAAGAAUCAACUUUGAAAAACUGUUAGGCUGAACAGUUUUUCAAAAACCCUAAUUUUACUCCGUUUCAGUUUUAACCAUGCAUCCUUUAAAGUUUUAAGCGAUUAUUUUAGUGUUUCUCUUGAUUUAACGGGCAUUUUCUUGUAAUUUCCUAAUUUGGCUGAAUUUCGUGACACAGGUCGACUCCUUUAAUAGAGGUGACUGCUAAAUACAUGUCACAUAAAGCGGGGAAAUACUGGGAGGGUGGGGUAACCGCUUAAUACAGGUUUGUGACUGUUUUUAAUUUUUUCAUGUUAAGGAUACAUGUGCUGUGGAGGAAGCAGAAAAGAAAGAAAAGAAGAUCAGGGAGGAAAAAGACAGGCGAACAAAAGCGAUGGCAGAAAUAGCCCGCCAAAAACUGGACAAAGAAUUGGAAUUCCUGCAUGGCAACGACGACGCACAAAAUUCAAUGAGGAAAGAUCUCGUGAAGAAAUUAGGGUUUACUGUGCAGCAGACGAUCAAGGCCAUCAUCGAUGGAAAAGAUCCUACUGAAGAGAUGGUCAAGGAGUUUAUUGAUAAGAGAAAGAAGCCCGCUUCUACAAAAUCUCCUAACAAUCAGAAGUCAGAUGAUAACAGGCGGCAAUACGUACACGCAGUACUUAAAGCUUGCAAAGCUGCUUCGGCGUGUGGAGAUGCUGAUUGUCAGGAAAACUGGUCAACUAAAGCUUCGUUUUCAGAUUCACAUUAAUUUAAGCUGCCAUGCAAAUUAAAUAAGUACUUAGUAUCUCAGUUUUUUUGCAAUCAAUUUAGAACAUCUUUCAGAGGUAACGUUUGGCGAUGCCCAUCUGAUGCUUUAAAGUUUGCAGUUAACAGUCCAGGGCCCAGUUGUUGGAAGGCCGAUUACCGCUAACCCGGGGUUAAAUUUUAACCUGGGAUUCUUUGUCUUUUGUUCAAAAGGAUUUUCCUGGAUAAUUUUCUCGAUUCUUUUUAGAGCAUCCAAUCAUCAAAAUAUUACUUGUAGACAGAAAGAAUAAAACUGAAUUUGCUUUUUACGUACCCUUUCAUCUCUGAAUUAAAAUUUCGCACAAACCCUGGGUUAUCUUAUAACUCUGCUUUGAACAACCCGGCCCAAAGGAUUAAGAAUUUCAAAAUGCCACAUAGUUAGGUCGGUCAGACGACGGCAAACGCUGAAAAAAAAAGAGGGUGGCAUACAGACGUGGAACCCCUUCAGUCUCAAUAGGCGUAAGGGUGCCCUGUGUAUUUUACCCUGGGUACCAGAUGCAAGAGCAAGGGCUGACAAUACUGAAACUCCGAGCAAAAUACACGAGUCGUUUUCCAGAGAUCUAUAUAGAGUCCCGGUUGUGCACUAAAUAACAACGUAGAGGUCUCCUUAAUCUCCCCCAUCUCCCAACUUUCUUCGCAGGCUUUAAAAGGUCAGCAAGACAGAAUAGACAUGUACAACAACACUAUUUGAAGAGUGUUAAAUAAGCCCGUAGUUCGUUUUUCUUUAUUAAAUUCUAAAAAUACUACUUUCUAGUGAAACUACACUUUUUCACCUAAUUACAUACGUUUAAUAAAAGCACUGAUUAUGACUUAAUUGAUUUGUCCAACCCUAGAAAUAAAAAUGAUAACUCAGACUUAGGCAAACUGGGUUUUUUUUUCUUGGUACUGGACAUUACCUUAGUCAUAUAUAAAAACAAUUUAUUGCAAACUUAGAGUUAGUUGGUCAAAG